ACCUUUUCCGAGCUCUGUAUCACGCUUCGCGGUCGCCUUGCGGCCCCUAAAAACUCCUGGGCCCAUGGGGGCGGGUCACCUGUUUACCCCGGCUGAGCCGGGCAGAUCCGGCCGCGUCGUGGGUCCUGACAAGGGCCGAAGCGGCUUGUUGGUUCUUGGCUAUUUACAAGGCCGCAGGCACGACUCCUGGGCCGAGCAAGUGACCAGCUGGUGCCAGAGGGGCUCGGGUCUGGUGGCCUUGUCCCUCACUCCCACGUCCCGGAGAUCUUGAUGAACAAAAUUAAGCAGACAUAACUGAUCACUAGAAAGAUAAUUUUUACCCUGACAUUUGAAAUGCUUUGUAUUAUAUAGAGUAGCAGUAAAAAUGGAAAAAGAGAAAGUAAAUGAUGUUGGAAAACCAGACCCAGAAAAUUCCUUGGACUUUUCUGAACACUCUGACCAACUUGAAUUGUUGAAAACACAUGGACACCUUAUUCCCACUGGUACUCAAAGUCUCUGGGGAGGGGACUCUGAUGAAGAUGAGGAGCAAGAUGAAAAAAAUGAAGAAUGGUAUCAACUGCAAGAAAAAAAAAUGGAAAAAGAUCCAAGCAAAUUGCUUCUUUGGGCUGCUGAAAAAAAUCGGCUUACUACAGUGCAGAGGUUACUUUCUGAAAAUGCCACUCAUGUGAACACUAGGGAUGAAGAUGAGUACACCCCUCUUCAUCGGGCAGCCUACAGUGGGCACUUGGAUGUUGUCCGUGAGCUGAUUGCCCAUGGGGCCAAUGUUCAUGCGGUGACUGUAGAUGGCUGGACACCCCUUCACAGUGCCUGUAAGUGGAACAAUGCCAGAGUAGCUUCUUUCCUACUUCAGCACGAUGCGGAUAUUAAUGCCCAAACAAAAGGCCUCUUGACCCCCUUGCACCUUGCUGCUGGGCACCAAGACAGCAAAGAUACCCUAGAACUCCUUCUGAUGAACCGCUACAUCAAACCAGGUCUGAAAAACAACUUGGAAGAGACUGCAUUUGAUAUCGCCAGGAGGACGAGUAUCUAUCACUACCUCUUUGAAAUUGUGGAAGGCUGCACAAACUCUUUGCCUCAGUCUUAAUGGUUCUAAUCAUUUUCUUAAGUUUCUAAGUUAUCAGUGCCUCCUUUGUGUGAGCUGUGAAAUACCCCUAUGGCACAAAGUUGACAUCAAAAGUUUCAAGGCAGAAAUUCAGUGGUACUUUAUAAAGUCCUUCCGAGUGAAUUGCUUGACCUUGAUGUCAAAAUGUAUUUGAAAGUUGUCUGGAUAUAUCUCUAAUGAUUUCUGUGGAGUUUGUGAUUUUUUAUCAGAAGUAAUUUUAACUUAACCUAUACUUAAAAACUUGGCAUAGGUUGUACAAAAAUCUAAUGAUAUUUUUGGUGCUGAUCUGAGAAAAAUGUAUUUUUAAAUAUCUCCCAUCCUGGAUCUUUGUUGAGUAUUUAGUAAUACGUGUAUUUUUAUAAGGUGAGGUAACUCAGAAUUUAAUUUAAAAGUCUUAAAUAUACUGGUGCAGUUCAGCUGUCUUCUCUAUAUUACCAUAGCCAUUUGCUUUCAUUUAAACUGUAAGAACUAAAUUAUUAGUGACUUGAAUGCUCAUGGGUUAAAAAAGCAAAAAACCCCACAAUCUUUGUCUUUUAGUACAUAGACCAUUUCUAGGAAAGUAGCUAGUGUUAAAUCCAUGAAUGUUCUAUACUGCCUCCCCUACCACAAUUCACACAACCCUAUGGACAGUCCUACCUCACCCUGGUCCACCUACAUGACCCUAAAAAGCAAAGUAACAGUGGAAAAGGAAUUUUAAGACUGAGGAAUGAUUAGUAUCUUGGGGGCUGAAACCAAAAAGUGGCUCAGGCUUUUUCACAAAGCCACAGUGGGAUUAGUGACAAAAGCAUAAAUAUAAAUAUUAAAAAUAAAUAAAAGUUUUGAAUGACAAAAAAGGCACAAAUUCUUUUUUUUAACCUGUGCACAUCAUCCUUGGAUCGAUAACAUAUUGUUCAUUCAGCAUGCAUUUAUUUAGUAUCUACGGUCUCAGUCUCUCUAGCAGGAGUUUCCCAUUGACUGUCUAGGUCCUCUGUGACUAUGCCCAAAGGGUUUCCUCUUCUCACAAGAACUGAUGCUUUAAGGGAAGGAAACUAAACCAAUGGCCCUUUUCUUCAGUUGUCUAUUUUAGAUGUCUACCAAGGUUUGUCUUAUGAGCCAACCCACAGGACCCAAUAACCUAGACUAAGUAGUGUUAUCACUUAAUCAAAUAUGUGGUGGUUUUUAGGAUAGAACAAAAUUGGAUCAUCUCAGAAAAGUUAAAGAUAAUAUAUGAACUGAAUCUGUAUGACAAACAGGAUCUCAAGAGUUAGGAGAACCUCAGUUAUUUGUGGUCUCUGGCUAGGAGAUGCCUUGGUUUCAGAGCCCUAAUAUCUGUGAUACAAGGAUUUGGGCAGAACGUGAGAGGUUGCUUUCUGUUUCAUUUGACCCAGUGUAGUGACGACAAAUGACAAAUACAGCUGAUAGACAGUGACUGUAGGAUAAGAGCCAUCUGUCCCAUUAGACUACCAAAUGAGACUGCCUAGUUACCUGAAGGGCACAGAGCCCGUGGCUUCUUUCUUCCUUGGGAAUGAGCUACAUCCAUGACUUCACAUAAGCCUUCCUCAGUAUGGGGCAAAGAAGAUGCCUUAUUUCCAAUAAGGAACUUACCUGUAACUACUCCCUUGCUGUUAUGUCUCAACAUUCAUCCAGUGCCUGGGAGAAAUCCAUUCCAUCCCUGCGAGCAGAAUUUGUAGUGAGCUUCCGUUAAACUUUCCUUAGUUAUUUACUAGUCUUUUAUAUCCAUAGAAGGCAUUCACUAGUCGUGCUUCUGACUGUAUGUAUACCUGUACUUUCCAGUUUGCUUUAAGAAGGCUUGAUAGCUCAGUUUGGAAACAAAAUUUUCUAAUCUUGGGGAGUUUAUCCAACCAUGUUUUAAAAAUAAAACCUAUGUUCCUCACAA